UGGGCUUUCGAAACAAGUCACCCACUUUCUGUUUAGCAAUUUCUGUUCUACAUCGACACCAUGUCUGAACGCAUCCAACCCCAGCAGUGUGACGAGCAGAAUCGGGAGUAUGUUCCCUCUACACGAAGCAUCUACUACGAUGGCCGUAUCGCAAACGCAUUGUUCCCACCCAGCUAUCCCAACAAUGAUCCUGAUACACCCACCUGGAAAGACGGAUUGAGGGAGAUCGAAGCGUUCGAUUGGCUGAGGAACGACGACAACGAAAUGUACAACGAAGGUGAGGCGUCACCCCUCGAGACUAUCCUCACUCCCAACCCCGCAACUAUUGUAGAGGGCUGUUCAGAGUACGGCAAAACAUCGUCGCUCCCGUAUGGAUACGCUCUCAGUGAUCCAACUCCGGCGUUGGAUCACCUCUCAUCUGAGACUGCAACGACACGAGUUCCUGAGGUGUUCAAGCCGUACAAACCAGUUCCGUCUUGUACCUCACCUCCAGGGAUCCUCGAGCCUACACCAAUCUACGAGCCAACCAACCCUGUCCAUGGUCUGCGGCCCUACUUGAGCGCCCAGUCGUACUCGAGCACUCCAGUCUGUCCGAGCACUCCGCCCUACCAGAAUCCCUAUACCGAUCCAGUUGUUCAGACCCCUCAAAACGUCCAAGCCCCUCGAAGCCUUGAGUACCUUCAAAGCAUGCGGUAUUCUCCACCCCUCGUGACUAUCCGCGAGAGAAAAGUCCCAGGCGAUGAGGUCUUGGUUGAGAUGCUGUACAACACAGUGGUAUUCGAUUCCUCUCCAUCCUCUAUUCCUACCCCGAAGAAUCCUAACAAGUCCCAGGAGUACUUCAACAAUAUGAAGAUCCGUGAACCAGGUAACAUUUCCCCCACUGUCCCGCUUGUCCCUACCCCCAAAAAGGAAUCCAAAGUACAAAUAUGUUAAUGUCGGAUCAAAAGCU